UUCCUCGGCAGCGUGUCCAUCGAGCCCAUCCUGUUCUUCUACAACUUCCAGUUCUAUGCCGUGAACGUGAUCAAGGAGAACCUGAAGCUAGACCGCUUCUGCAGGGUAUCCCUGGGGCGGCCGGAGGGCGAGUGCGCGCGCAUCAACGACGGCGGCCACGAGGCCCUGCAGGUGGAGGUGCAGAGGCUGGACAGCGUGUUCCUCUUCUACGAGAAGGUCGUCUCGACGGUGAUCCCCAUCCUGCUCAUGUCGUUCAUCGCCUCGUGGAGCGACCGCCGCGGCAGGAAGGUCCCGCUCGUCAUGUCCUUCGCGGGCACGGCCCUCUACCUCCUCGUGUACCUGCUGGAGGCGUUGUUCCCGUCGUGGCCGCCCGAGGUCCUCCUGGGCGCCGCCUUCCUCAACAGCGUGGGCGGCGGCUGGGUGAUGGUCUUCAUGGCCUCCUACAGCUACAUGGCCGACAAGACUCCACACCCGCUCGAGGACGUUUCGCAUGACGGUCAUGAACUCCGUCAUGCACCUGGGAGACCCCUGCGGGACGGCCGUGGGCGCGUGGCUCUUCGCCGCCGGAGGCUUCGUCUGCGUCUACGCCUUCUCGCUUCUGCUGAUCACGGUGUGCAUCGUGUGGACCGUCGUGGCCAUCAGGGACCGCGAGCCCCCGGGGGAUGCGCCCUCGGGGACACGGCCAAGGACCCUGAGGCCGACGCAGCGAGCCCCUGGAACCCGCGGUAACGUCGUGGACCUCGUGCGCGUGUGCUUCCGGCGGCGCCCGGGGCGAGGGCGGCUCUACCUGGUGCUCCUCAUGACCUUUAUGCUGGGCAUCAUAAGCAGCACGCCCCACAACCUGUACCUGUGGAGCCGCCGAGUGUUCCUGUGGGACGAGAAGGCGUACAGCAGGUACACGGCGGUGGCGCAGCUGGUCGAGAUCUCCGUGAUGCUCGCCUCGGCCCCGCUCGCCCGGCGCCUCGGCCUCCACGACUGCACGCUGGGGGCGGCCACGACGCUGCUGGUGUUCGUCAAGCUGCUGACGCUCGGCCUUCUCACCUGCGCGAGCCAGUGGUGGGUCAUGUACCUGUUCAUCGUCUUCCCCGUGGCCCUCCCCGCCGUGGCCGUUCGGGGCAUGAUCUCCAAGCUCUGCAACCCGGAAGAAGUGGGUCGAAUUUUCUCCAUGUUGGCCAUUUUGGAAAUCCUGUGGCCCCUGAUCGACAGCGCUUUAUACACAGUGAUUUACAGCUCGACCAUCGCUUUCUACCCGUCUUACGAACAUCUCGUGGGGGCUGCCUUCGCCCUGUACGUCUUCAGCGGGUUCCUCGUGGUCAGGCUUAUGAUGCAGGAGGACGGUAAAGAGGUUCCUCGUCAUCCAGC